CACUUCCCUGAACUACUGGCUGAAAGAAACCUGUGUUGUUAAUGCUUCCAUCAGGACUAUGACUCUGUUUGUGUCUGCUUUGCUGCUACUCCUGGCAGCCUGGAGCUCACGGGCCAUGCCUGAUGGGCACUGGGAGCCGCAGGGCUCAUCUCGUUGCAUCCCCAUCCCUUCCAGCAUGGCUCUGUGCCAGGGGCUGGGCUACAAUACUAUGCGUAUGCCCAACCUGCUGGGGCACGAGUCGCCUGCUGAGGCUGUCCAGCAGAGCGCCAGCUGGCUGCCUUUGCUUGCCCGCGAAUGCCACCUGCAUGCUCGGAUCUUCCUCUGCUCACUCUUCGCCCCGGUGUGUCUCGAAAGGAUCAUUUCUCCGUGUCGGAGUUUGUGUGAGUCUGUACAGGACAGGUGUGCUCCCAUCAUGAACUGCUACGGCUACCCGUGGCCCAGAAUCCUGCAUUGUGACCAGUUCCCCAAAGACCACCUGAUGUGCAUCUCCUCAGUCACACACAUGCCAAACAGCACCAGCAAUGGCCGCAGAGCAGUGCCACAAGCCAGCUGCACAGACUGUGAGUUAGAGGAGACCACAUCAGCCAAAGAGCUGCUAGAGUUGUUCUGCAAGAGUGAUUUUGUGGUUAAAGUACGCUUAGAACCAUCCAACUCCAGCAGCUCAGCUCUGGCUAAGUUCUCCCUGGGUUCUCGGCUGGAUGUUUUUAAGCACGGGCCACUGGUGGGAGGGGAAAUGAGGGGCAGGCUGGCAUUGUGGCUGGAGCGGGAUGCCACCUGUGUGGGCAACCUGAUCAGGCAUCAUCCUCAGGGCGCCACCUUCCUUCUGACGGGCACUGUGACAGGCGAGAGACUACUGGUCAACAAGGCUUUUAGCUGGAAUAAACACCAACGACAACUCAGCCAGGCUGCACGGAAAUGGAAACGUCAUCGGUGUAGAGGGUAGAGGGUCAAUGAAGAGAGGAAAAAGUGAAAAAAACUGAACAGAAAGGGGACUAAAAAACUCCCCUUGCCACUGCAAAAUGGAUAUAUAUAUAUAUAUAUA